UCCACGCACAUCAACGAACCCCCAAGCCUACGCGGCUACACACCUAUUUCAAGAUGCCGCCCUCGCAACUGAAGCGCCUGAAGGCUUCUUUGCGCGAACAUGGCAUAACCGGCCCCCAGCAAUCCAAAAAGCAGAAGAAAUCGUUGAACAAGAACGCCGACCACCGCGCCCAAAAAGCCUCUGCUCUGGCUGCGAUCCGCGAGUCCUUCAAUCCGUUCGAGUUCAAGCACCUCUCACGCCCUAAGAAGUUCGAAUACGUCUCCAACCAGCCUGAAAAUGCCACAAAGAAGAUCCUCGGUCGCCCAGGCGUUACGAAGAGCCAGGGCGAGGAAACAAGAAGGAAGACGCUGCUACCGGAGAUGAAUCGCAAGAAUAAAGUUGGCGGGAUUUUGGAUAGGCGAAUCGGCGAGAAUGAUCCGACCAUGACUCCGGAGGACCGCAUGAUGGCGCGGUUUGAGAGAGAGCAGGAGCGCAAGAGGAGUGGAAACGUGUUUGAUCUCGAGGAAGGGGAUGACCAGGUUAUGCUUACGCAUGACGGCCAGAGCUUGCGCUUUGACGAUGAGAUUGGGGAGGAAGACUACGAUGCUGCGAGCGUCGGUGGGUCAAGUGCUGACGAGGAUGGCGAGGACGGUUUCUUGAAAAAGAAGAGGAGAAGAGAUGAUGUUGAUGGCGAAGAGAACGACGAUGUGCCCGCAGAAGACCAGCCGGAGAGGAAGAAGAGCAAAGCCGAGGUCAUGAAAGAGGUCAUGGCCAAGUCGAAACUGCACAAGUACGAACGUCAGGCACAGAAAGAAGACGACGAUGACCUUCGGGAAGAGCUCGACAAGGACCUCAAUGACGUUCUCGCGGCUUUGCGAGGGCACAUCAAUAAGAAGCCUGAGCCCGAGGCACCUAAAGCAGCGCAAAAUAACAACUUCGGUAUCAACGCUGACCGUGCAGCACUCCUCGCUGGGAGCUCACAACAAGCAAAAGAUAAAGAAUACGAUCUGAGAGUGCGCCAAAUGCUCCAAGAUGAGCGCGCGAAGCCGACCGAGCGAACAAAGACUGAAGAGGAGAAGGCACGGGAGGAUGCCAAGCAAUUGAAAGAGCUCGAGGAGAAGCGCCUGAGGAGGAUGAAGGGAGAGCCAAUGAGCGAUGAUGAAGAGCCUCGCAAGAAGGAUGUCAAAGAUGAUGAGGAAGAUGAGGACUUCGAGAGCGAGCGCGACGACGCUGCUGAGUUUGGACUCGCAGCGGCGCCCAGCCAGUUCAGCAGACCAGAGGGUGUCGAGGAUGAGGAUGACUUUGAAAUGGACGACGACCUCAUCGCUACAGACUCGGAAGCGGACAUGUCAGAAGACGAGUCCGAUGCAGACUCUGUGCCCGAUGACACCAUGGCCAUGGAUGCGGACGAUGCGGACUUUUUGAAGAACGUUCUGCCAGAGCGCAAGGAGCAACCAAAGGCUCUCAAUGGCGUGCUGACACUCGAACCUAGCACUACAUCCUCAAAGCUAGCAUUCACAUAUGCAUGCCCUCGGUCGCACGAAGAGCUCCUGACGGUGUUCAAGAAGAUUGCUCCUAAUGACAUCUCCACCGUCGUCCAGAGGAUACGAGCACUCUACCAUGCUGGUCUUCAUGCUGACAAUAAGCACAAGCUUGCUGAUUUUGCAUAUGCACUCAUCGACCACGUAUCGUACCUCUCGAACCAAACACCAGCGGUAUCUUUAACGGUCAUCGAGGCUAUCAUUCGGCACAUCCACUCCAUGUCGCGCUCAUAUCCCGUCCAGAUCUCCACGAAGUUCCGGGAGCAUCUCAAACAGCUUCAAGUUUCGAAUGAGCCAACGCCGGGUGAUCUCGCGAUACUAACAGCCAUUGGGUCGAUCUACCCUACGUCUGACCACUUCCAUCAGGUGGUCACUCCUGCUAUCACUUUGAUGGCACGAUGGCUAGGUCUCACCACGCCCUCUUCUAAGCAGGAUAUUGCUACUGGUGCUUAUCUUGGUGUGUUGUGUCUUCAAUACCAGCAGCUUUCAAAGCGAUACGUACCAGAGCUCAUCCGCUACACUGCGCUUUGCCUCAAAUCGCCACACGCCACACCCGCCCUCCUUACUGCACACGCCAAGAACAUCAUUACAGCAGCCGAGCUCUGGAGUGCUUCCCUGUCCUUUAUCGAAAUCUUUGAACCCCUCCUCGCACCUUUAAAAUCCGCCCAGCAGACCUCAACCCUUCAAAACCUCCGAGCCCGCAUGUCCCUCGCCCGCUCGCGUCGACGCCCUCAGAUUCUCCAUAACCAUCGCCCUCUCCCCAUCAAAUCCUCCAUUCCCAAGUUUGAGGAGUCCUUCGACCCCAACAAGCACUACGAUCCCGAUAAGGAGCGUGCGGACUCGAUUAAGCUGCAGAAGGAGUACAGGAGGGAGAAGAAGGGAGCGCUUAGAGAGCUUCGCAAGGAUGCGAACUUCAUUGCGAGAGAGUCGCUUAGGGAGAAGAAGGAGAAGGAUGCGGCUUAUGAGACCAAGUAUAAGAGGUUGGUCGCAGAGAUUCAGGGCGAGGAGGGUAGGGAGAAGAAUGUCUAUGAACGGGAGAAGAAACGGAGACAGAGGGGAUAGAGAGGAGGUAGAUAUGCCGUUUGGGAAGGUAGUAACUAGUAACUCUCGAUGCAGAUACAUCGCUUAUAAAAGCCCUAUGUUUGUAACCUCCAGUCGGCUAUUUAUUCCCUUCCGUGAACAUCAUUCCCAGCCGUAAACAUUGAAGUCUCACAGGCUCCAUCCAAACUCUGCCAGGAGAACCAUAUUCCUAGUCCAUCAGCCGUAGACAUUAAAGCCUCAUAGGCGCUGCCCCAGGUCUGCUCGGCCAACCCAAAAUCCCAGCCAUCAGACCGCAAUGUAGAUGGCCAAUGCACUUGCGAGUCCUUCUACCAAGUGUCAGAAUAAUCCAACACCUUGAUCUCAACGCUGGAAACAGCCCCAAUCGCUGUCACCAUCCACUGAAAUUGGAUUACGACGCUGUCCUCCGUACUAUCUUCGAUGAUCAGCCGCUUGACUCUACUGAACCUCUGUCG